AUGAAGUGGCUACUAGUCGCCCUCGCUUGUAUCCAGCUCUCGGAAUGUGUGAUCAGAAUGCCUUUGAUUAAGGGCAAAUCUGCCCGUGAUGUUCUCCUGGAGAAAGGGCUGCUGGAAGAAUUCCUGAUGAAACAUCCAUAUGAUCUCUGCUCAAAAUAUCAAGUGCCCUACUGCAGCCAAUCUCUGGAUACAACGGAACCAAUGAUUAACUACCUGGAUUUGUCAUACUAUGGAGCAAUCAGCAUUGGGAAUCCACCACAGAGUUUCACCGUCAUCUUUGAUACAGGCUCAUCCAACCUCUGGGUCCCUUCAGUUUACUGCUCUGAACAGUCAUGCACGAUGCAUCACAGAUUCAAUCCCAGUGCAUCUUCAACAUAUUAUUCCAACAACCAGGGUGUAUCUAUCCAGUAUGGUACCGGUGCCAUGAAUGGAAUAUUGGGAUAUGACACUGUCAGAAUUUCAAACAUCAAUAUCCGCAAUCAAGAAUUUGGUCUCAGUACUAGUGAACCCGGUGGCUUCUUCUCCUACGUGAAGUUCGAUGGAAUUCUGGGCAUGGGCUACCCAUCUCUUGCAGCAUCAGGAGCUACAACUGUGUUUGAGAACUUAAUGUCUCAGCAUCUGGUGGAUGAGCCUCUCUUUUCUGUCUACCUGACCAGAGAGAACGGUGCAUCUGGAAGUGAAAUUGUGUUUGGUGGAAUUGACUCAGGUCACUACUCAGGUCAAAUUCACUGGGUUCCCGUCACUCGUGAGGCCUAUUGGCAAAUCCUCAUUGACCGGGUGACAAUCAAUGGGCAGGUUGUGGCCUGCAGUGGAGGUUGUCCAGCCAUUGUUGACACUGGCACUUCUCUCCUUGUUGGCCCCAGCACACCCAUCAACACCAUUCAGCAGUACAUUGGAGCAACUCCAAGUUACUAUGGCCAGUACACCAUAAACUGUAACAAUCUGUACAACAUGCCCAAUGUGGUCUUCACAAUCAAUGGAGUCGACUUCCCUCUUCCUCCACAAGCCUACACUUUGCAGAGCACUUCCAACAACCAAAGAAGCUGCAUGAGUGGAUUUGGUGCGACUGGUGGAAGCCUCUGGAUUCUGGGAGAUGUUUUCAUUGGGGAAUAUUAUUCCAUUUUCGACGUGGGGAACAACCGUGUGGGCUUGGCUAAGGCUGCUUAA